AUGCUCUGUUGCAAGCAGAUGCUGGUUUGGAAAAGAAAUGCAAACAGUUCAUCAAGUACAUCAAGGCUGCUUCCUUUGACAACAGAUGUUGUUGCACUGUCCAAUUAUGUGAGAAAAGAAACAAAAGAGGGAAAACAGAAGCUGAACAGCUGCAGUAGUGAUGAGACCCUUGACAGAUGGAAACAGUUGGCUGAGGUUACCCUGACCCAGGUGUGUGUUUUCAACAGGAAGCGUCCGGGAGAAGUUUCAAAGAUGCCCCUCAGUGAUUACAAGUGUAUCACAAAAGGAGAAGGUGGAAUAUUUGGUGAAGGCCUAACCAAAUGGGAAAAGGCGUUGUGCAAUGUGGUAUGGAGGGUGGAGAUUAAUGGGAAAUGCAAUAACACUGUACCCGUUUUGCUAACAGAUGACAUGAAAGGCAGCAUUGACUUGUUGAUGGAGAAAAGGUCACAAGUAGUCAAUGAUGGAAAUCCCUACUUGUUUGCAAACCCCGAUGGAAGAGGCCACUUGAGAGCAACUGAUACAGUGCGAAAUCAUGCCCAAAAGUGUGGAGCAAAGUAUCCAGAUCAGCUUAGAUUGACAAAACUCAGGAAGCACAUUGCUAUCAGCUCUCAGAUCAUGAAUUUGAAGGAUAAUGAAGUGGACAUUUUAGCCACCUUCAUGGGCCAUGACAUAAGAACCCACAGAGCCUACUACCGCCUGCCAGAUGCGUCACUGCAAGUAGCAAAGAUUUCUAAAGUACUCUUCAGCAUGGAGAAGGGAGACCUAAAGGCAAUGGCAGGAAAGACGUUGGAUGAUGUUCGUGUAGAUGCAGAUGAAGAAUGCAACAUAGAUCCAGAUGUUGAUGAUGAUCCUGACAACGAAGUGAACAGGCCCGAUGAUGCUGUUUUGAUGGAUGAGAUGUCAGACAAAGAAAAUGAAGGUAUGAGCAUGCCGCAGCAAAGCAGAAAGAAGAGUGACCAAGUUGCAAACAAGGAAAGUGACCGUGGUGCCAGCAGAAAGAAAAGGAGUAUCAGACAAUCUUGGACAGCUGAAGAAAAACAAGCAAUACACAGACACUUUAAAGAAGAACUACGCUCACGCCAACUGCCCGGUAAAGAAAAAAUAAUGAAGUACUGCAAGAUGGAUGCAGACCUGAAGGGUCGUACUAAAAGGUGGACAACAGUCAAAGAUUUCAUUAGAAACCAAAUUAGAAAGACAAAUCCACUGGAUUUUUAGUGAAUUUUCAACCUGUUAUGAGUGAAAUUAAUCAUGUUCAUCACACUCCGCAAUUUUGGAUGAAAUCUUUUCAGGUACUGACAUGCGUAAAAUGUGGUUGCUUCUUAUUCAUAUAACCCACUUACUGGUUUCCUUGAUGAAGGGCUGUGCUUUGGAAGAGGUGCACCUUUAUAUAGGUUAACAGUUAACUCCAUGGCCAGGAAGCAUACUGUGUGUAAAGCAGUGUAUGGUUCUGCAAGUCAAAUGGGAACUUAAUAGGAAAAACUUAAUUACCUGCCCAGUUGGUCAGGGCCAGGGAGUAGACUUGUGUCUAACAGUAUGUAUACUGUAUAGAAGAUUGUAAGGCAAAUGGGAACUUUUGUGCUAAAGUUGUUUGAUAAGCCCCAGUUUGCCAGGUUAACGUUUUGCAGUUUAAAUGAUGACUUACAGGUCAAUUUUAUCAGCUCCCAUAUCACCAGAUGGUCAACGUCAGUGAGCAUCACAUGUGUAACAAUGUGCAUAAAGGUUUACAGGUCAAACUCCAACUUUGCUCACUUCCCCUAGAUUAGGUUCAUGGUUGAUAGGACUCGUGAUAGGACUAGAUGCAUAAUGUUUUCCAUAUCAACUGGGAAUUAAG